AUGACACGCAAACCCCACUUGAUGUUUCUCCUCCUGUCCGCCGGGGGGGCCGCGAGCGUCCACUUCCUGUCCCCCCGUGAUCCACGUGUAAUCCACCGUGGAAUAUCCUUUAUCCCAACAGAAAACUGCACGGACCUGCCGAGCGGUUGCUUCGAACCCGAGAGCUAUAUCAGGUUGGAAGGGUUGAACAUUGGGGAAGCCAUUAUCAUGUUGGGGUGCUCGGGUCUCUUCUGGUUCGUCUGCCUCUUCCUCCUCGAGCAUCGGUACCUACAGCGACUAUGGGGCAAGCUCAUAACGCAUAUGGUGGUGGAUGGCUCCAAGAAUACUCAAGAGGACGAGGAUGUGCUCUGCGAGGAAGAACGGAUCCAGGACCUUUUCCAAAGAGUACCAUUGAAGCGAAUUGAUAUAAUGAAUGUCCUUCUCCUUUACGUUCUUCGGAACGCUAAGGUGGUUGGACGAGUACAUGUGUACUCGUCCUCACCACCACUCAAGAGUACCCAAGUGACCUACUGCUUCCCUCCGCCCGUUCCCGGAACCUCGGGAGAAGAAGUAGAUGUUCAAAGGAGCUCGCUUCCUUUUAGGAUAGAGAAGAUGUAG